UAUACACAAAAUGGCGUUUUCUCAGUCCAUAGGGAAAGCACAAACUCCAGCUAUGUGCCAAUUCUGCGAAGAAUCACCAGAGAUUAAGUGGAAGUGUAUAAACUGUGAACUAUUUCUAUGUAAUCUGUGCUGUUCAAAGAUACAUAGUAAAAGUAAGGCCUCCAUGGAUCAUGAAAUUAUAAAUUUAAAAGAUAUUGAUACAGAGAAUUUUGCCAAAACAAUGCGUAAAGUUGACCUCCAAAAUUUGCAAUGUACAAUUCAUAGUAACCAAAAGUGUUUUAUCUAUUGCAAAGACUGCAGUGAGCCUGUUUGUUCCAAAUGUUUAACCGAGACUCAUAAAAUGCAUGACUAUAGAGAAAUUGAUGAAGUGUAUAAUAAAAUUAUCUCUGAAAUGAAGGAACUUAUAGACACAUUUGAAUCAAAUCUUAAGUUCUUUACUAAUGAAAGGGAUCGACUGGAAAUCAAGCUUUCGGAUGGUGAUAAAAAAUUUCAAGAAACCAGGAAUAUAAUUCUACAAACUGAGAAAGAGAUGAAAGAGGCUAUUUCAAAAUAUGCUAAUGACCUCUUGCAAGAUCUAGAUGCAAAAUGGAAACUGUCAGAAAAUAUGAUCAAAAUUGAACUUUCUGCCUUAAAACAGAAUGGAGAUGAGUUGGAAAUCAGGAAGAAAAAUCUAUACCAAGCGCUGCAGACUCAUCAGGUGACAGACAUUUUCUCUACAACUCAAACUUUAGAUAAGUCAUUACCAAAAUAUUCAGUUAAACAAUUCAAACAGAGCGAGACACAGUUCAUUCCUAACAGUAGGCAAGUGAAAAUAGGAAGUAACAUUCUUGGUGACCUUUAUUCAGUUCCAGACUUUGAACUUAUAAAAAAAUAUCAAAGUAAUAAUAAAAGUGUGACAAAUAUUCUAUUUUGUGAUGACAAUACUGCAUUAAUAGGAAGUAUUGCAAGCCGAAAACUACAACAAGUCAAAUUUGAAAAUGACAACACGAAAGUAGAGAGAGACGUUGAGAUAAUAGUGAAUGAUAUGGAAAAGACACAGGAUGGUAAAGUAAUUGUGUCAUUUGGAGAAAGUGAUCUAAAACUUUAUACCUCAGAUGGAACAUUUAAGACUUUUAUGGCCUUUACUCCCUUAAAAACUUUAGGUGUACAUGUAACAAAAAACAAUAACGUAAUAGUAGGUUUGUCUGAUUCCUUAGAGGUGAUUGAUACAGAAAAUAGUAUCAGAAGACUUGUGGUUAUGAACCUGAAUGGUGACUUACAACAUACUAUUGAAUAUGACAAAGAUAAUCAGAGAUUGUUAUCAUGGCCUUAUAGAAUCAAAACUUUAAAUGAUAAGAUAGUAGUUGUGGAGUUUUUAAAAUAAUGAAUGGGACGGUCAAGUCGUAAUGUUGGAUAAUUGUGAACAACUCCAUUGGACCUACAAUGGUUGUGAAAGUAUCAGUUCUGGUCAGAAUAAAUUUAUUCCAAGAGAUUUGGC